AGAUGAGACAGCAGAGCGAGAGCCAAAUGAGGAGGGGGUCUGGGCCUUUUUGUAUAAAAAGGCAACUUGGAGUGAAUAUGAGGCGAUGCGCUGAGGAGUGAGGUGCCGUUGUGUCAGUGCGCUGCUGCAGGAGCAGAUUUUUUAAAAUCUAAAAGUGAAUCCAGCUGGAGAGAGAGGGAAAAGGAACCCUAGGUUUGAAAAAAGGGGGAGUAUCUAAAGGUGAGGAAAGGAGAGGGAGCGGAUAAAUAGAAGAGGAAAGGCGGAGGAGGAGAGGUAGGGAAGCGGAUUGCUGCAGCUCAUACGUGUUAACAUCACGCAGGAGUUUAAAUCCCCUUCAAUGACAAUUUAAUUAGCGGUGCGCCAAAAAUUACACACUGUGUCCGCACAUCCAACUUUUUUCUUCUCCGGUCGCUUUACCCGGCCGAUCCUCGCUGGCAAACAGUAGAUCUUCGCUCAUCACUCGGACCUCGGAUCUCCUGCGCUUGCGACCAGCAUCGGGUGUCUGAAUCUGUGAUGGGGGCAGCGGCUGAGGUUGGGAGCUUCGCCAACGGGUUUUUGGACAGCUUUGGUGGCGCUUCGGCUUCGGUUGGUUCGCAUUUUGUUCUCACCCCAGCGGGGGCCGUGGACUACAACUCUGCAACGGGACUGAUGCUGGGAGGACAGGGGCUGCAGCAGCAACAGCAGCAGGAGAACCUGGUGUCCGCGGAGAGGCUAUCUCGGAGCCUGGCGGACCUCAGUCAUCUCAAAGGGAUUCUGAGGCGGAGGCAGCUUUACUGCAGGACCGGCUUCCACCUGGAAAUCCAUUCGGAUGGUACCGUGCAGGGUACCAGGAAAGACCACAGCAGAUUCGGUAUUCUGGAGUUCAUCAGUCUUGCAGUUGGACUGGUCAGCAUCAGAGGGGUGGACAGUGGCCUCUACCUUGCCAUGAACAGCAAGGGAGAGCUGUAUGGAUCGGAAAAGCUGUCAGCGGAGUGUGUUUUCAGGGAACAGUUUGAGGAAAACUGGUAUAACACUUACUCUUCAAACAUCUACCGGCACGGGGAGAAAGGUGCAUUUUACUUUGUUGGACUGAACAAAGACGGGACAUCACGGGAUGGAACAAGGUCACGGCGACAUCAGAGAUUCACACACUUCCUACCGAGGCCUGUAGACCCAGAGAGAGUCCCAGACCUGUACCGAGACAUACUGGGCCAGAGCUGAGGGCAAAAGCUGUUUUUGCCCUAACACAACCAAAACGGGUUUGAGGCAACAGGCCAAUUAAGUGUGCCGAACCGAAUGUCAUUCCUUUCUUUUGUGGAGACGGAGGAUCUUGUGGAUCUGAAUGGAAGAGGAUCAUGAAGAAAGCACCAAAUCCAGUCCAUGUUGCUCGGAUAGAUAAGGACAAAAAAAAGUCUGGGACAGGUCUGGGAUUUGAGGAGCAGAACACAAGAAAACUCCAUCAAAGGAACAAAGAUGAUGUUCCUCAAAUGUUCUUCAGUGGCCUAUGGAAUGACCCUGUUAGCCAAAUGGAUCAUUUUUGGGUUUUUAUUAGUUUUCGUUUUUAUAAAAUCCAAAUACAUGCUGUUCAGAUUGCAUGCUCAGAUGGACAGAACUGGAUCUGAUAGUUGUGAGAUUACCCACCAGCUGCCGGUAGCCUUUUACAGCCAUGUCUGCUGGGGCGUCACUGCUCCACUGCUUUCAGUAAACAUUUUAGGGUUGUUUUUUUUAACAUUACUGAGGCUGCUCUGGCUGGUUUGCAUAAACAAAAACGAUAGUUUCAUGCACUGGAAAGCAUCUGUGCUUGUGUCAGAAAUCAGCAGCUAUAACUCUUCUGCAAAGUUCAAGAGGACGAUGACAUGAAAGACGGGUCUAAUGGGGUUGCCUGUGGUGGAACACUGUUUAGUUGAUACAUGAGGGACUCUUUCAGUGAAGGAUAUUUAGCUGUUGUAGACCUGACUGUCUGCAGUCAGACAACGAGCAACGGACUGAUAAAAGACAAACAUUUUGAUGGAUUUAAUUAUUUAUAUGUUUUUUCUUAGGGCAUACAUUAUAUUUAUUUCAUAUAUUUAUUUAUUUUAAAGAUAUAUUUUUACAGGUAUGAGAUGAAAUAAAA